AUAUUUGAAAAGCCAUUAAUUCACAUUUAAAUACUUAUUAUUUAUUACUAAUUAUUUAUGCAUAGAUAAAUACAUACACAUUACACGCACUUUCUCUGUCUCUCUCUCUCUCUAAAUUUAUCAUCAUAACACACAGUGCAUGCUCCUGUGUUUCUUCUCCUCCUCCUCUGUUUCUCUCUGUGUGCAUAGUUCCCGCCAUUGUUCACUACCAUUAAAACCCUAAUUUCGGUAAAGGGAUAGUAGUUGAUUUAAAUUAUCGGGUAAAGUUGUUUUUUUUUUUUCGAAGUUGAGAAUUUAUGUCCAACAAUCGAUCAAGGGGAGAUAGGACCGAGUCUGGACAGUACAGGAAAACCGUCCGAUCCAGUAGUUUCCAUCAGCAGCGCCAGUUUCCCGGUGCCGUUAAGGGUGGUGGUGGAGGCGGAGGCUCCUCCUCCACUACUCCCGCUAAUCACUCUGUCCCCGGCCGCAGUUUAAGGAAGUCAAAUGGCAAUGUACAAGGGGGGCAAUAUAGGGUACGUAAUCCGAAUGUGAUCCAGGAUUCAAGCCAUUCAUUCCAAGCUCCUGUUGUACAGAAUGGUGCUCAUGGACAUCAGCCACCACCUGCCGUUAUUUUAGGAGUGUCUGAUGCAUUAGUUACAAGUAAGAGUGCAAGUGUAACACCAAUUGACACUCCAGCUCAGAGAAUCAUCCAAGCUGUUCCAAGAUCUCCAUCUUCUAAAGUUUCUAUUGCAGCUCCAUCUACCAGUGCUUCUACUGCUGGCUCUGAUACCAGCAGCUCUGCAACACCUGCAAAGGCUCCAGUACAUCCUUCCAGCGCAUUUUCUCUACAGUUUGGGUCUAUAAGUCCUGGAUUAAUGAACGGAAUGCAGAUUCCUGCUCGAACAAGCUCUGCCCCUCCAAAAUUGGAUGAGCAAAAAAAAGAUCAGGCCUGUUAUGACUCUUCAAAAGCUGCACCUGCAGUGCCAACGCCAUCCAUUCCCAAACAGCUACUGCCGAUAAAAGAAACAAGGGUCGUUGGUCAACCCAACACUGGUGAAGCUCAGCCAGUAUCCAAGUCCAAAAGGGAUGUGCAAGUUUCAGCUGUUUCAGCUGCACCUCCCGCAACUCAAGCUCCAAAAUCGUCUGUACACCCUGCGUCUGGGAUGUCCAUGCAAAUGCAAUUUCACCAGUCACAGGUUCCAGUUCAUUUUGGUGUCACUAAUCCCCAAAUUCAGUCGCAGACCGCGCCAACCUCAUCUUUGCCAAUCCCAAUACAAAUGGGGAUGUCUAUUCCUUUAACAAUGGGAAAUCCAACAAUGUUUGUUACUGGUCUUCAAUCAGCACAUGUGAUGCAGUCUCAAGGAUUGAUGCAUCAGGGUCAAAACUUGAACUACUCAUCGCAAAUGGGUCCUCAGAUUCCGCCUCAGUUGGGUAGCAUGGGAAUUAAUAUGACCCCACAAUUUCCCCAUCAACAAGCUGCAAAGUUCACAGCUUCUCGUAAAUCAGUAAAAAUUACUCAUCCUGACACUCAUGAAGAGUUGAGAUUUGAUGGCUCAAUAGGUCCGAGGUCACAAUCUAAUGGGCCACCUCCUUCACAGCCUAUUCCUUCAUUUCCUCCUAAUCAUCCGAUGAGCUAUUAUUCUAAUUCUUAUAAUUCUAGCUCCCUCUUUUUUCCAUCUUCAAGUUCUGUUCCACUGAACAGUGCCCAGAUUCUUCCCAGUUCUCAGCCACCGAGGUUUGUUAAUCAGGUGACCGUGAAACCAGCUGGUGGCUCUCACGUGGAUAAAGGCACAUUGCCUUCUAGUGCAAAGGGAGAAUCUAUGAAACCUGCAAGGCCACACGAAGAGGAUACACUUCGUCCUCAAAAGAAUGUUGAACCUUCAUCUUCAAGCUAUUUGCAGAUGUCAAAGCCCAGUGUUGAACCAUCAUAUGCAUUAGUGUCCACGACAAGUAAACAAUCUGCUACUGUGUCAGGUUCUGUUACUGUGGAGACUGAAAGGCCCAAAACUUUGUCUUCUGCUUCUGAGGCUCUUGUCGAUGAUAUUGCAUCUUCACAAUCUAGUGGUGCUGGAAAAGCUAGAAAUAGAACAGUUGAUGGACCUGACUCCAUUGCCGAUGAACAGAAAAAACCGAGCAACAGAGUACAGUGGGAUCAGGUUUGUGCGCAAUCUCCAUCUGCUUCAGGUUUGACUUCUCAGUUCCCAGAGUUCCCAGUACCUGAAACUUUGGAAGCUAAAACAAGUAUUUUGUCACGAACUAGUGUGACGCUGGAAACUGCAAAAGAGUCAUCAUUAGUAACUACAGCUACUGCUUCGGAGGCUUAUGAUUCAAAAAGUGAUCGAGUUGCUCAAGGCAAGACAAGUCAGUCAUCAAAUAUUUUAGACACAAAUAAUGUGAAAAACAUGCUAUCACAGACUGAAACAUUGGGGAAAAAGGACAAAGGAGAAGUAAUCUUGUCUGAGAGUUCCGAACCACAUAACAGUAGCCCAGGGACAUCUUCAAAAUCUUUUUCUCCAGUAUCUUCUGAAAUCAUGUGUAAUCAUGAAGAGAGCUCUUCUCAAGAGAUAGUGGCCUCCAGCAGGGACGGUAGUUUAUUGGGAAAUGUACAGAAAAAGUUGGACAAAUAUAUUAGUUGCUCUGAAUAUGUUAAUGUUGUGGAUGAUUUAAUUGCAUCUACUUCCAAGCUGGAUGGUGGAAGUGCAAUUGAUGCAACGGCUGGGGAUGAUAAGACCUCAACUUCGGACGCUACUUUAAGUGUGCCUGAUAGCGUAAAUAGUAAAGAAGUUUCUGUUGUGAACUCAGCUACUGUAGACCAAGAUUCUCACCGUGUUUCAAUUCCAUUUCAUUCGGACAGUGUUUCAGAAAGUGAAAAUGAAGGUAUUGAGAAGGCUUCUCCACCACCUUCUGGCAUCAACGAAAAAGUUAUUUUAGAGCCAGAUGUGUCUAAAAGUAUGACGCCUAGGGGGAAGAAGAAAAAGGAAUUAUAUAGAAAAGCAGAAGCUGCCAUUACAAGUACUGAUCUUUAUAUGGCAUAUAAGGUUCCAGAAGAAAAGAAAGAAACUGAUGCCCCAGCACAAAGCACAGAGAACACACUGAGCAAUGCCACUGAUGUGACUCAGGAUAUUGCUAUAUCAAGUGUUAAAACUGGUCAGAGUAAAGUGGAGCCAGAAGAUUGGGAAGAUGCUGUUGACAUCUCUACUCCAAAGUUAACCUUGAAAAAUGAGCAGCAGGUUAAUGAUUGCGAUGUCGAUGGAUUAAUGACUAAAAAGUAUUCCCGAGAUUUCCUCCUCAUAUUUGCUGAGCAAUGUAUUGAUCUUCCCGAGGGUUUUGAGAUCCCUUCAAAUAUGGCUGGUGCCUUGAUGGUCUCUAGUAAUAAUAUUUCACAUGAGUCAUACCCAAGUCGUGGAAAAAAAUUUGACAGGCCCAUUGGGGGGUCCAGACCAGAUCAUCAUGGAAGUGUCAUGGGUGAUAAGGACAAAUGGAGCAAACAACCUGGGACUCUAAUGUCAGGGAAGGUAGAUAUGCGGAUGGAUAUUAGUUAUGGGGGUAACAUGGGAUUUCGUCCUGGCCAAGGAGGUAAUUAUGGUGUUCUAGUGAACCCUCGUGUACAGACAGCUAUUCAGCAUGCUGGGGGAAUCCUUACUGGACCAAUGCCGUCUUUGGGACCACAAGGAGUUAUGCAAAGGAAUAACUCUGAUUCUGACAGAUGGCAGCGUGGAACUGCCUUUCAGAAGGGUUUAAUGCCUUCUCCUCAGACACCGUUACAGGCGAUGCACAAAGCUGAGAAGAAAUAUGAAAUAGGUAAAGUUUCAGAUGAGGAGGAAAACAAGCAGAGGCAGUUGAAAGCCAUCUUAAACAAGCUUACUCCUCAAAACUUUGAAAAAUUGUUUGAGCAAGUGAAGCAAGUCAACAUUGAUAAUGUUGUAACUCUCUCUGGGGUGAUCUCUCAAAUAUUUGAUAAAGCUUUGAUGGAACCCACAUUCUGUGAGAUGUAUGCUAACUUCUGCUUUCAUCUAGCUGCGGAGUUGCCUGAUUUGAGUGUAGAAAAUGAAAGAAUUAAUUUUAAGAGAUUACUUCUGAACAAAUGCCAGGAGGAAUUUGAGAGAGGGGAAAGGGAAGAAGAAGAGGCAAAUAAAGCUGAUGAGGAAGGUGAAGCUAAACAAUCAGAACAUGAAAGAGAGGAGAAGAGGCUCCGAGCACGGAGACGUAUGUUAGGUAAUAUAAGACUAAUUGGGGAACUGUAUAAGAAGAGAAUGCUGACAGAGAGAAUAAUGCAUGAGUGCAUAACGAAGUUGUUGGGCCAGGAUCAGAAUCCUGAUGAGGAAAAUAUUGAAGCAUUGUGCAAAUUAAUGAGCACGAUUGGUGAGAUGAUAGAUCAUCCCAAAGCCAAGGAGCACAUGGAUGCCUAUUUUGAAAUUAUGGCGCAGUUGUCAAACAACAUAAAACUAUCUCCUAGGGUGAGGUUCAUGCUUAAAGACUCAAUUGAUCUGAGAAAGAAUAAGUGGCAACAGAGGAGGAUAGUAGAAGGGCCAAAGAAGAUCGAUGAAGUGCACAGAGAUGCUGCUCAAGAACGUCAAGCACAAGCUAGUAGGCUGGCUCGUGUUCCCAGCAUUGGGACUUCUGGUAGAAGAGGUCCACCUCUGGAUUUUGCUCCUAGAGCUCCCAAUAUGUUAUCUUCUCCUAGUUCCCAGAUGGGUGUCCGUGCUGUACCCCUACAGCUUCAUGGCUAUGGUUCUCAGGAUGUUCGGUCAGAGGAGAGACAUCACUUUGAGAACAGAACAAUGUCUGUUUCUCUGCCUCAAAGGCCCCUUAGCAAUGAUUCCAUAACCCUUGGGCCCCAAGGUGGUCUUGCAAGGGGAAUGGCUUUCAGAGGGCAGCCAUCUGCACCUGGCCUUCCGUUGUUCGAGAUGUCAAGUCCUGGCGAUGCACGUAGGAGAGAAACUGGGCUAAAUGGAUUUAGUUCCAUGCCAGAAUGGACAGCUUAUGGUCAAAGAGACGAUCUCAUGCCAAGAUAUAUGCCAGAAGGGUUUUCUAGGCUAUCUGUUUAUAACGAAUCAAAUCCACAUGAGCAAAGUAUUAACCAUGGGAAUAGAGAUAUUAGACAUGCUGAUCACUUCUUCAAUAGAUCUCUACCUGCUUCUCCCUCUACACAAGAUCGGCCCCCAANUAUAUUGUUAUACAUAUCAGUAGGUAGGAAAUGGAGUCACUUGGUGACCAUUGAUGAUACACCCAGCAAUGCUACUGGAUUUGAGAGCACGAUCACAAUAGGAUUACUGUUUUGUACCAGUAAGCUAGCUCUUCGUCUGGUGUUCAUGGUCAUAGAAGGGGGCCAGUGUGGAAGAUGGCUAUUCCUCAGGCAAGGAGCGCUUCCUCUAGAGAAUAUGGAAGAUGUUCGAAUUUCCUGCACUGGUUCUGAUGAUGGAAAUCCUUGGUUUUAUGAUUUUAAUGGGGGCAAAUUAACUAGAUCAUAUGUGCGUGUGUAUUUAGCUGUCAUUUUAUGUGAAUGGAUUACUUUUGUGGCAACCUUUUUUGAGGAUCAGUACGUAGGGGCUGGUUAUUGCUCUCAGGACUUUGAACUUGGUGAAGUUAGCAUUAUCAGUUAUUAUACCAGACUUGUUGACUGUUUUAAAUUGACAAUUUGUCUUUUCAGCGCAAGAGAUGAGAAAGAAGUUGCUUUGUGCAUCAAGGAAUUGAAUGCUCCCAGCUUCUAUCCAUCAAUGAUUUCUAACUGGGUUGCUGAUUCCUUUGAGAGGAAGGACACGGAGAGAGAUCUGUUGACAAAGCUCCUGAUUGGUCUUAUGAAAACUCGAGAUGGCAUGAUAAGUAAAGAUCAGCUCAUCAAAGGGUUUGAAGAUGUUCUCACUACAUUGGAGGAUGCGGUAAACGACGCCCCUAGAGCAGCAGAGUUUCUUGGCCGCAUAUUUGCCAAAGUCAUAAUGGAGAACGUCAUUUCAUUAUCUGAAGUUGGGUGGUUGAUCUCUGAAGGCGGGGAAGAGCAAGGACAUCUGGUUGAAAUAGGCCUUGCAGCCGAAGUCCUUGGGACUAUCUUGGAGACAAUUAAAUCAGAAAAGGGUGAUUCUGUAUUGACUCAGAUCCGUUCAAGCUCAAAUCUGCGGCUAGAAAACUUCAGGCCGCCUCCAGGUUCUAAAAAAUCUUGGAGACUAGAUAAGUUUACUUAGCAUAGUGAUGCUAAUUGUAUCUGGUAGAAGAAAUUCUUGACUAGUUUUUUAGGUCACCGUUUAUAUUUUGCAGAUAUAUGUUUCGUUCUGGGUAGAUGGGAAUUCAUAUAGGGGGAUUAUUUUGAUGCUUCCAUAAUAGUAUUACUAUUCAGAAAAUUAAUUGCAACUGCUAAAGGUUCAAUUGAGCAUCAUCUCAUCUCUUUACUUUUCUCAAGUUGUUGACAUCGUUUAUGUAUCGGUGGGGGAGUCGGACUCUGCAGUUCGAUAAUUAAGUGUAAUUUUCGUAGUUGAGAUCUGAGGUCAAAGGGUUGGAUGUGAAAGAACUCUCUAAUUGCUCGCUAUGGUCCUCAAGGCCUCAGAAAUGCCACUCUGUUUGGCUGCAGAAAAUGUUCUCAAAGUAUGAACUUCUUGCCGAAUUUUUGUGCGGAUUUUUAGAAAUCACGAACUCUAUGAUAUUAGAUUUCUACUCUUCCCCGAGCCAGUUUACAUACAUAUUGUGACACUUGGAAUGCUUCUACAUCCCUGCGUUCUAUCUCUGUGUGCGCACGGACAAGUUCUGGCUGGCUUAUUCUCUUCAUAUUUUCUGAAUUCUUCUCCCGGGUGAGACGCGUACUGGCAGGUAAAGACUGAUCUAGGGAAUAUUGUGCCUGAAAUAUGUUUUCCUCAAUUAUUGGUUUGUCUAUUAUAAAUUAUAUGUAUCAAUUAUUCGCAUGGUUUAGGAAUGGUUUGUAAGAAUACAUUUAUGAAAUUAAAUAUUAAGUUCUGCAAAUACUAAA